AUGAACAAUCGCCCUUACAUCGAAAGUGUCUAUUAUACAGCCGAACGCAAGAAGCAGUUGGAUACAGUAACAAAUGAGCGAGUUGUUCCUUCAAGCAGCAUUCCGGAUCACUAUUUAGCUCCGAAACGGACAAAUGGCAAACCUCUUAUUGAAUCAUCCUACUGCCUCAGCUCGGCUUCGGUCAAUCACUUUAUGGAAAAACAGAGGAUGACGGGAUUUAGCUACGAUGCAGAGAUAUUGGGAACGACUUCUACGGAACAAGAGAUGCUCGACGAUCAGAACCUGAAAGCGUCGGUGUUACGAAACAUUUCGCUGUUACGCCCAACGAAACAUUGA